AUGCUUCCAGGUAAAGCUCUGAAAUGCCACAAAUGCAUCGCAGCCAACGAGAACGACUGCAACAAGCAGGGCUCCCACAGCUGCCCCCAGUACGCUGACGCCUGCUCCACCAUCACUGCACCCAACAGCAUCAUCAAGUCCUGCUCCUACAAGUCCUUCUGUGAGCAGGCUCGGCACGGCGGCUCGGGCGCAGCCACCCUGCGCUGCUGCUUCAGCGACGACUGCAACGGGGCUCCCAGGGGCUCCAGGAACGGGGGGGGGGCCACUGCCCUGCACCCCCCCAGCCUGCUGGCCACUGCUCUGCUGGGGAAGCUGCUGCUCAGCUGCCUCUGA